GGAACUGUGAGGUUCCCUCUUUGGACUGUGUUCUGGAUGGAGUGAGGUACAGCUGCCCUCUCACCGAUGUGGACCCUGAACGUCUGCAGCUGAAGCUCCAGCCGGCACACAACGCCAAGACUUUUCAAUCGCACAAACACAUUCGUCCCAAUUCGCCAGUGCAGGUGAAAGUGAGUGAGAAUAAUGGUGACUGGGUUGUGGAGUGGUCUCCACCAGCUGAGGCAGCUACAAAGCUGUUGUACCAGGUCCGGUAUCACCAGGCCUCAGAUCAGGGAUCCUCCGUGCAGCUGGACAUUCCCGAGGGGUCCACAUGGGUGAACAUCCUGGGAACGUCCCUCGUGCCGCUCCAGGACUACGAGGUGGAAGUGAGGUCACUGGUUGCCCCAGGAGCAGGUUCCAAAUACGAAGGAAUCCCCUCAGAAUGGUCUGAACCUGCGAACUGGACCUCAAAUAAAGCCGCCUGGUCCGUCUCCAAACUGAUUUAUUUCUUCUGUGGCGUGAUUGCAGUCGCGCUCUUUCUGACUCUGUACCACACCGUUCCAGUUUGCCGGAAGGAAGUUGUGAUGUGGGUGGACUCGGUUCCCUCUCCAGGCAAAAGCAAGAUCCUGUCUGAGAUCAAGGUGAGACUGGAUUAUUUUCUUAAAGUGACUAAAGUGUUAAAAAAAAUUCACAUUGUGUAUAAA